AUGUGGCCUUCUACAGACUUCAUACCCCCUUUGCCUCCAUUGAAAAGACGAAUUUCAGGCAGGCUAACCAUAAAGAGAAGAAGGGAUGCUUCUGAAUGGAUGGGAAAACACACUAUUUUAAAGGCAGGGAAGAAGGUUUCUUGUAGCAUAUGCAAAGAGAAAGGCCAAAAAAAGGCCACUUGCAGUCAAGUUAUAGGGGGUGGGGAUGAUGAGGUAAUGGUUGAUGCACGUGAUGCAUUGGAGAUGAGUAGUCAGGAUGAGCAAGUGGUGGGAGUCAAUGGACGUGGGGAAGGGGUCAUGGCCAAUGCUCGUCUUUGUCAAAUUCACCAUGCAGAACCAUCUAACAAAAGGAAAAAGUCGGAGAGAAUCAUUAAAAUGAAGCUUGCUAAAAAAGUGGGAGGUGAAGGUAGCAGUCCUGCAGAGGCUAUGGAGUUGGAUUAG